CAACUGUCGACGUCACGAGGGCCUUGUAUGUGACGAAUGUGUGUCAGAGACACGUGACUCCGUCCAGCCACGCAGAUACGGCACGGUGUCGUGAUUGCCGAACUGCCAGCUCAAACCUCGUCGCUCACGGCAGGCAGCGGCGAGAUAGCGCGUCUCGGCGCGCUCUUAUGUGUCCGGUCCAACCUUCCUGCCCCGCAUAAGACACCCGCCUCUGGAGCAGCCGGUACCAGUGGAGUCCCGAGCCCGGGAGUCCUCGCAUCGCUGUUGGCCAGAGCGACUCGGCGGAAAGCUAUGGAGGCAGCAAUGGGGCGAACUGUGUUAGUAUUGGCUAUUAUAGUGCCUCUGGUGGCACCCUACCAGAACCAGCUAUACAGUAAGUAUGACAGGACGUCUGCCAUAAUGACAGCACCGUCGUUGAAUGACACUGAUGACGGCUACUACAACCAUGUGUACCAUGGCCGUGACGUUGCGAUCCCGCAGAUCUCUGUGUACAAUUUCUAUGGGGAAGAUAAAGUCAAGCAUAAUGGUGAAGAUAAGAAUAAAAGCAAAGAAGAAUUGGGAAACCUCCCAGCCACUCUCGCCUCUAUCUACAGAAAGCAUAGUCACGAUAAAUAUAAGGGCACCGGCGAAGUCCACGUUGAACCCAAAAUGCCACAUUCCGAUGAAUGGUCUGGUGAUGGUUUCGGGUCACAGGUGACCAAAGGGCUCCAAAGCACGAAUUAUAACUUCUCGGGUUCAACUGGGUGGGAAUCCAAGCUUAAAGAAAGGAACCCCAGACUGCUUACUGUUCUAUAUCACCGAGAAUGGACGCUACUGAAGAAGAACUUCUCAUACAAGAUCGGAAAAGAUGCCGAGAAUCUCUUCAAGGACAAAGUGAACCAGCCGUUACUCGUUACUGAGAAGUUGGUUCCCGGAUUGGCUCUCGGCCAUGAGGCCCCAUCGAUGCUUUCUGCAACCAUACAUCCUGAUGCCAAUGGACCUGUUGAACCAUCCUCCACGCGGCAGGACAAAUCCAUGUCGCGCCGAAGUGGGGAUCUUGCACUAAAAAGGAUUCGCCGGGAUAAUCGUCGGUCCUCUAAUAUGUACCCGCGCACUAGGAAGCAUCCGGACCAUAAACAUCCAGUUAAAGUGAUGCCAUUUUUAUCCAAAAUGGGCAUGAGGAAGGGCUUCCCAUCAACGAGCCGCACAAAGACUCCAAAGGUCAGCAAGCGAAGCAGUAGCAGCAGCAGUAGCAGCAGCAGCAGCAGCAGUAGCAGCAGCAGCAGCAGCAGCAGCGAAGAAAAUGAUUAAAGCAAAGAAGAUGAUUAACCAACCCUGGGUGUGGGAUCAGUGGAAGAAUGAGAGAUCCGGUGACGACCUGCAGAAGUCUCAAAAAGUUCAUGACAUUCACACGUAAUGAUAAAUCAACGCGAACUCUUGAGGCCAGACUCCUGGUUGGUGACUUCCCGUCGCAUGCUGGUAUUCUGCAGGUAGCCACACUUGCUGGUGUGUGACCUGUGCUUGCUUCUCCAACUCUCCGAGCCUGUAACAUCGCAGGAUUAGUGCCCCCUACUAUCAAUAACAUUUUGACUGAGAAUGUUUUAUGUUGAUGUUUUCUGAAUGUUUUAUAAUUAUUUUUUACUCAUGUUUCUUAUGGUAAUCUAAGUCAUUUUGUUUGUGCUUCAAUGUUAUUAUUGAGUUGGGUUAUAUUCUAUAUAAAACCUAAAGUACACCGUUUUAUUAUUAUUUUUUCAUUGUAAUUUACUUAUUCACUUAAAUUUAACAUGUGUUUUUUUGUUAAAUUUUGAAGCAUAUUCUGGGUAGUAAGACUGUAACAUUCUAUAACAUUCUAGAAGGUUUCAAAAUGAACGAAAACACGGGCGUGACACUCUUUUGCCUGGAAGUUUUUUUUUCACGCUUUAAAUUAUUGGAAAACCCAGCACGUUGGCGCAUGACUGCGCAGCAAUAGACUGUAACUUUCGCUUGGAGCUGUCUCGUCAGCCAAUCAGAGCGAGCCUAGAGGUGGUGUGAUAUGUCUUCCCAAACUUUUAGAGAAAAACAUUUAUCGAGGUUUUUCCCUUAAUAGUCUUGUACUGAAUACCAAGUUGUGAUUAGUCAGUUGGCCCACGGGGUUGCCUCCCUUCAUUUCUAGCUUUUUAAAGGAAAAUUACUAUGUGGUGCAAGUUAGUUGUCGCUCGAUCGUCGCUACGUGUGACCGAGUCGUGGGGAGCUCGUCAAAAAAAUGAAGUCAAUCUACGAAUAGUUUACUUCACGCCUACUGGUCGGGGCGAGGCCGAAAUAAAAUAUUUUUUAUUAAUUAAAUUUUGGACUUUUAACUUAAAAUUAAAACAAAGGGACUUCAGAAUUUUUUUUGUUAAUAAAGCGACGUGCUACGUGAUACAUCGUCUGGGACAGUUAUGUAAGUUAUGAUCUUUUUCUUGGUUUUUGAGGAAUAAUAAUAAGAGACUGCCUUGAACUCUUUCAUUUAAUGCAAAUAUCCAAACAAACUUAAAAAUCAUUAUAUAUAAACAAGUGAUUAAAGUGUCUUGUUAUAUUUCUGGGUUGUGUUGCCGGGCCAACCUCGCCAAGCCCUCGUCUGAAGCUGAAUGUUCCUGUCUGCAAAAACCAUAUUUAACAUUUCUAAAACAUUGCUACAUACUACCCCAUUCUUAUAACAAAAUUUAAUGCAAUUUCCGUGGUCAUUUUCUUAAACGAAUAAAUAAUUAACUAAUCGCCGAUGAUACCAAAAAACAUUUAUCUUUUUUAACAGCUGACAGCAAACUAAACAUCCAUUAUCGAUAACAAUGUACAGAUCAAUUGAUUUUUUGAUUGACUUGCAAAUGGGUUUCCGCCCGGUGGCAAGGAGUUCCACCCCCUCAAUACUCGCCCAAUUUUUGAAGCCGCCUUUUACAUCCAGUAUCUUUCCCUCAAUCCUAUUACACUUCCGCCCUCACCUCACCAGGAAUACUUGCCUUCCUCUUUCCGUUCUUCUCCACUCUCUCUGAAUCUUUCACUCAUGAUCCCUCCUCCCUUUAUACACCUUUUUGUUCAACCUGUCUUCCAGCAUCCCCCAUCCACCGAAGCCCCUUCAUCAAUCCCUCUACUUUCCUCCUACAGUGUAGUGUGUCCAGCUCCUUCAACAUUACAGAUGGACAAUGCAUCUCACCCUUCGCCACUUCCCUCCUCCACCACAUUCCCAUCGUAUAUCUAGGUUGCACCCUUUCCAGUUCCUUAAUUUCUAUCCCUAGAUAUUGGUCCCAAAUUGCCGCUGCAUAUUAAAGCAUUUGCCUCACAAACAUUGAAUAGGCCUUCUCCUUUACACUCCGUCCUGUUCCCUUCAGUGUCCUAGUAAUUAGCCCCAGCCCUCUACUCCCUUUCUUUACCACCCCCUGCACCUGCUUUCCCAACCUAGGUCACUCUGUAGGGUUACUCCCAGGUACUUUUAUUCCCCUACCUCCUGAAUAUCUUGCCCCUUACCACUAUAUAUUUUCUUAACUAGGUACCUUUCUUCUCCUUAUGAAUCUGAUUACCUUCGUUUGUUUAUAUUUAUCUCCAUUCCUUUUGCCGUUGACCAAAAUUCCAGCUUCUUCAAGUCAUCCUUCAGGUGUGCCGCUUCUCCCACAGUUUCAUAGAUCACGCAGUCAUCAGCGAACAGUCUCAGUUUGCAUGUAGGCACUCCUUGUCACCUUUGUCUUUUUACUCAGUUCCUUCCCCAGCUCUUUCAUCUCUGCUUUUAUCCCUUCCCCUCGUAGCUAUUUUGGACCUAGCAUGCAGCCUCCUGCAUCUCCGCUUGAUGACCCUUAUCUCUCCCCCAUAGUACAGAGGGUCACCCUCCUUUUCCAAUUCUUUUUUUCCGGCACAAAACGCACUACCAUUCGCCCCAGUAUGUUUCUGAAGACCACCCCUCAAUCUUUACCCACCUGUGAUACGCUGCCAUUAAGAAUGCCUCCUCCCUUGCUCUGUCUGCUCUACCCCACGCUUUCACCACUUUAGCUCGCUUUUCCUCUCCAUCCUGCCAUCCCAUCACAAUCUCCACCACUGGUAUCCUGUGGUUGCUGAUUCCCGCCAUCACCAUACUGCCUACCACCGCCUCCAACUGUCUCACAAGCUCCACAUCCAGCAGGUAUCCAAUCGCCUCCUCUUCACACAUGUUUACCAACAGAACAAUGAAAACAAUAGCACGAAUCGGACUAAUACAACCCGCAAGUUGAAUAAAUUCUUGUUAUUUUUGAACUCAUCUCGUAUAUGUUUUCUUCUUAUAGAAUAUUUCCUUUGAUUUUGAAUUUAAGAAGACACAUUAGCAUUACCACCAGAUAUUAUAUGUUUUGAUUUUUUAAACUUAAAUGAAGAGAAAAGAUUCAUUAUUUUUAUUCUUUCUCUCUUUCUUUCUUUCUCUCUCUCUCUCUCUCUCUCUCUCUCUCUCUAUAUAUAUAUAUAUAUAUAUAUAUAUAAUUAAAAAAUCCCAGAUUGUUAGUAGGGAAAAAAAGGACAUUGAGUAUGAUCAAAAAAUUUGCGUGAGUUUUGUUUGCGAAAUUCUGUACAGUUGCAAACCACAUGUUGAAUCUAUAUAUCUACUUAAAAUUUUAUAGACUUUAUCAAUUUUAUAUAUUAAUUUGAUCUAAUUACAUGUGUUUUAGUCCUUUUCAAGCUAAUUCAAUUUAAAGUUAAUUCGACAUUACUGCUAUUUUCUUAGGUUUAAUAAUGACUAGGAAAAUAUUUUGUGCUAUACAUACUUAAUUAUAGUAGGUACAGUUGGUUAUAAAGUUUCUAUUAUUUUAAUUAAUAUAGAUAAUUUUAGUUUUUGUUAGUAUGGUAACUAGUGUUUUCCUAAUUGUUUUUCUCAAACUUAGCCAUCAGUUGUAUAAUUAGGGUCAUAUGAAGAACAUCUGUAUAUCCUCUAGUGUUUCACCCGUGCGUUCGGGAAAGGAAAAAAAAGGGUGAGGGGGUGGAGAGGUUCCAGAAAAUAUUCUUUUGGCGAGAGCAGCACGAGAAGAAACAGAUUUCAGCCGAUUUCAGUUUUGAUUCCAUUCGGUUAUCAGCGCCAAUUCUUCUCUGAAACAGCCUCAUCGUCUACUGUGAAUCAACCAACCGUAAUCGGUGGUCUGGAUAUGUUUGGCCUAUUUCUCUGAAUGAACAUUUCGGGGCUACAAUAUUUCACCAUUUGUGAUUUUUUUGAGAAUUCUAGCUAGUUAGCACGUUGAAGUUUUACUGCUGAAUUUACGUACGUACCGGUAUUUACUUAAGCACAUAUCCUGUAUCAUUAGGAGUAUGUAUCUAUUAAGUUUAUAUAGUUGCUAAAACAUUUUCGACUUCAUCACUAUUAAUAAAAAAAGAAUAAUUUUACUAGGGGAAGCAUUAGAUUUGUGUAUCAUAUAUUAUUCUGUGACAGCUUUUAAAACAUGUAAUAAUAUAUAUUUUUAUUUUGAUAUUUGAAGAGUUGUGUUUUGCGUGUGCAAUUGUUUCGUGCUUCUCUUACUUAAAGUAAAUAUAAUAAAAAAAAUUGAAGAGUAAUUAUGUUGUACUGUCAUUGAAUAUAAUUUUAUAUGUUAGUUAUUACUUUUAUUAUACUGUUAUUCAUACUGGUAUUACUUUGUUACUUAUUGCUACUGAUUCACUUGCAAAGUUUUGUUUAUGAUAAUACAGAACUCGGUGUUAACGUGGAAUUACUCGCCUAUUAAGUACUCUUCGCAAAGAAACAAUUACCAUUUUAUUAAUUUAAAAUGUAUAAAUCCACACAAGCAUCAUAAUUAUACGAAAUUACAACAACAGUACUGAAUCACUUCAGUGGAAAGAACGAGUGUUUGAGGUAGUUGUAACAUACUCGUCAGACAUUUGCGGCUUGGACGUGUUGACUUACAGAUAUUUGAAAGUAACUUAGCUUUCUAAUUGCAAUAAGAAAGACAACUUCAAACUUUUGUAGUUUGGACACUAAAAUUUUGACCAUAAAUUGUAUUAGUCACAUUAAUGUUGUGACAAAAAUUCAUAGAAACGGAGUGGAGUGAAGGAAAACAACGCAACGAGACAUGAGGUCACGCGAACAACAGACGCCUGAUGCAGAAAUAACUUAGUAAAAUGUUAUUUUUAUUGUCCUUGAAGCAAAUUCCUUUCUUCAAAGUAGCCACUGUACCACUGUAUCAACCUGUCCCGCGCCGGGUUGCCAAAUUCUGCACCGACAGGUCCCACUAAGUGUGUCAAUUUCUGUCUCCGGGCAAGUUCUGUAACUAUGUAGUGGGUCCAAUGUUAGGGGAUCUACUUCUGUGGCGCUAACAUCUUAGUUAUUGCCAUAAGGUGAGCAAACAAUUACUAUAACUUUUAAUACAUAAUUUUGUUGGGUGCCAAUGGUUAAUGUUACAACUUAGUUAUAAAAAAUAAAAGAAGUAAUUAAUAUCCAGGAACUUAUCUUCACCAGCAUUGACGUACUUUGAAAAUUAUUUAAUUCUAAUCUUCUUCAGUUUUAUUUUAAUACAAGCUGACUUUUUUAUGCUCUUGAAACGUAUUUACAUUGUUGCAAUGUUGUAUUUUGAUAUAUAAUCGUAUUACAUGAUUUUUCUCUUUAUACAGUUAUACACUUGAGAAACACAUAAGUCAGUUAUUUCUUUAGAACAGUUUAGAAAUAAUUAGCGUUACCUUUUAGGUAGAUUUCAAAUAAAUACUCCCUAUUGUAGUCGUUACCGUGGAACAAAUUCCGGAAAAUCUUUAUAUAGUUUUUCGUUUCAUGGUCCCUAGGCACCCAAAACCAUCGUCAACACAAUUUUAUGGACAUGAUAACUGAAAACAAUUUUUCACAAAUCACUUACAAAAUGAUACAUAAAAUCUAGUAGUGUAAAAUCUCAUUCAAGUUCUUUAAUGGGCAAUAUCCUACCAAAGGGGUGAAAUAUGGAUUUUUUUAAAAAUAGAAAAUCGUUUUAACUGCCGUAGUAUGGAAAAUAUCAUAUCCGUUAGAACGUAUUAUAACUCGUUGGAGUAAUACCAAGAUAUUUUAUCUGAAAUAAUAAUUACACGACCAACCAUUACGGCAAGGAGUUGAAUAAACAUAUUUCAAUGUUCCUAAUUUUAUAGUUAAUGUUAACAAUAAUCAUCCGAAAAUUCAAACAAGAAAAUGAAAAAAAGGAUAUAUUUUAUAGCCAAUAAUAUAGAGUCCAACUCUUAUAUAAUUGACAACUGCGUACAUAAUAAUUUUACAUGUUAUCGUGACCUUUUAUACCUUCUCCCUUAAAUAUUCGACAUAAUGCAUUGCCAUUUGUAGAGGCUUAGUUUACGACUACCUUAUAUAAGCUUACUAAAAUACUUGGGUGCUAAUCUGUUGAGUAGCGUUGUGGAUAGCGCAUAAGACUGGCGAGCAUUAAGUACUAGUUUGGAUCUCGAGUGUUGCGAUUUAUCAUCUAUUAUUUUUUUGUAUUUGAGUCACAUUGAAUUAUUUUAUUUUAUAUUUAUAAUAAAAUAAUAAUUAUUAUUUCAUAAAUAAAUAAUAUAAUUGUAGACUAAUUAUUAUUGCAAUUAAGUUGUAUGAUGUUUUGUACUGGGCUUGUGCAACCUAUCAUAUGUUUUGAUUA